UUGUAGAAUGUAUGGUUAAAAGUAUGGAAGAUUCUGGGUUUACGUGCAAAAUAUUUUAUUGUGAGAAUUUGUUGUUGAAAAUAAGUUUGAGAAAAAAGAGUUACAUUUUAAUGGUUGUCCAACAGCCAACAGGGGCUAAAUUCUCAUCCCAAGUUCUUAAUUUUGUUUAAUGGCCAUAAGACAAGAAAUUGAAUGGUGUGCAAUUUUUGUAGCUACUUUAAGAAACAAAUAACAUCUGUUUGACUAGAUGCAUUGGAUUUGGUUAAGCAAUUCUAGUGUACCUUUCUGGUAAGAUAAUCUGCUAGAUUUUAUUUUGGCACAUUCAUGCUUAACUGUCCUCCAGCCAUAAUUUAGUAUUCUUGUAAUCCCUUGUUUGAGCAGGUAAAGUUCGACAUCUAUAGAGGUAUCUUAAGAUAAUUUUUUGUUUACAGGAACCCAUUAAUUUCAAUUAAAACAAAUUCUUACCACUUCUGCAAGCUUUCAUUGUUAAGCAAGCAGUCUGCUAAAAUUAAACAAUCUGAAGUCCUGAAGAAUAAUCAGGACGUGGAGGACAGGAAAGACUCUAAAGACAGUGAAAGCUUUCUGGGAAGUCAAUCGGAAAGCUCAACACAAGUUGAAGGAGGCGAUGAUCAAAUUGAAGGACCCAAAUAUGUUGCUGUUGCUGGGGAAGACACUUCUGUGGUCGAGAUUUGGGAUCUCAAUGCAGCAGAAAGGCUUAUACAAUUGCCUCAUUGUUCUGUUGGCUCCUUGAAUCAGUCUACAAAGGCAAGAGGAAUGUGCUUGGCAGUUCAAGUUUUUUUACCUUCUGAAUCACAGGGACAUCUAAAUGUUUUAUCUGGUUAUGAGGAUGGAUCCAUGGUUUGGUGGGAUUUAAGGAAUCCAGCCUUGCCAUUGACUUCUGUCAAAUUUCAUUCUGAACCAGUUCUAAGCUCAUGUGUAGAUAAUUCAUGCAGAGGAGGGGUCUCUGGAGCUGCCGAUGACAAAGUCAUAAUAUUUACUUUGGUUCCUUCAAUGGGUUCUUGUUUGGUUAAGAAAGAAAUUAUUUUGGAGAGACCUGGCAUAGCAGGAGUUUCGAUCCGGCCAGAUGGAAAAAUUAUUGCAACUGCUGGCUGGGACCACAGGGUGAGGAUAUACGACUAUCGCAAAGGAAAUGCUUUGGCCAUAUUGAAAUAUCAUCGUGCCUUGUGUACUGCUGUCUCAUUCUCAGAUGAUAGCAAACUGAUGGCAUCAUCUUCAGAAGACACUACCGUGGCGCUAUGGGAACUUUAUCCUCCUCAAAACAUGACCUGAUUCAUGAACCCCAUUAUAAUUAGUACAAAACUGUUACCCAUCGUAUAGGUUCUAAACUACUCGGGGGUGCAAGUGCUCAGGUCCUAUUACAUACACAACAGCAUAUCAGUUUAUGCCUCAAAUAUAAAGCGAAGAGAAAAUCAAUCAACUCGAGGUCAUACAUUUUGCAUCAAGAAACUGGGUCCUACACUGACCACCCUUGGUAUUUUCGAGUAAAUCUCGUGCACACUUGUUUCUGUGCAUCUGUGUGUGUUAAAUCUUCGCGUUUACAAUUUUUGUACAUAUGCUCUAAUAGAUCAAAAGAUAUAUAUAAGGACCCUGACCCUGUCAAGAAUGAGGAGAUGUCCCCUAUUUCUAUUUAUGGACGAGACAUCUAUAUUUCGUGAUCCAUCAAGACAGGAAGAAAUUGAUUUCUACAACUCUUACCAACCAA